UAAGAACACCUACAUGUGUUGGUGGUCAUAACGAGAAGGCAAAGUCAGCAAAGAAGAAAGUAAAGAUUAUAGAAAGGACUUUUGAAUGUUUUCAACGCAUCAGUUUUUUUUUAAAUUUGUGUCCAGAAAAACAAUCUCUAAGCUUUCUAACCUUUUGUUUGAAGUAAUUUUGUGGCUGAAAUAAUGUUAUGUGAUGUCGGAUGACACAAACAGUUCAAAAGGAUACGAACCAAACGAACGGAAGUGACAAACAGUUUAGAAGCUGAAACUUAUCGUUUGGAAGUAGAUGAUGGCUGCAAACCCAACGGAUAGAAUGUCGGCAAGUGAUGACACGCGGUCAGGCGGAAGAAAGGAAUGUUUUUGUGUCGCUGGUUUUUGCCGUAGUGCGAGCGCCGGUGAUCAGUUGCUGAGAAGAAGACAAAUCUGAAGGUGCACGUGCAGGCUCGGACAGGCUUGCUUCACGGGCAGCGCGCGCACACGGUCCUGCGCAGGGAGGGGUCGAGGGAGUGGGGAGGACGACCGAGGACACACGGGACAGAUGCGGCACGGGGUGCCAGGAGGGCGGCUGGCUGGGAUGUCCAACCCGUGGUUCUACAGAGCUGCCCAGUGCCGGAGCGUGGGCCGGCCCCCGUACGCCAUGCAGAACAGCGCAUUCGUCAUGGACACCUCGCCCCGCGACUGCUACCGACAUCGGCACCGCAACAGCGGUGUGGUGGGGCUGUACAACGGCGAGGACACCAUUCCGCCGCCACCACAGGUUCAUGUAGAAUUCUUCACAAACGAAAAGUCUUUCAAAGAGCGCCUGCAGCUGUACUUCAUCAAAAACCAGCGCUCAAGUCUUCGGAUACGUAUCUUCAACCUGAUCAUCAAGCUUCUGACAUGCGUGCUGUAUGUUGUCAGGGUGAUCAUGGAUACCUCACAUGCAAAUUUUGACACCAGAAGAACGGAGGAGGAUGACAGCGCCAACGGAGACCUCGGCUGUGAAAACCGAACCAACUACCGACAAAACAAAGACGAUCUUGCUGAAUCGUCCGACAUAAACUGGGAUGCAAUUGCAUGGGUGAACCGGCACGAAGGUGUGUGGAUUUGCCAGGUGACAGUCGCUGUCAUCAGCAUGUGUGAAAACAUUUUGGUCCAGUAUCUCAGCUACAAGGGAAAUAUUCUUCAGCAGAUAUGGAGUCUGGAAUUACUGACAGAGCUCGUCACAACAGUUCCCUUUCUAUUCACUCUGUUCAAGCCCCUGAGAAAUCUGUUUAUUCCGGUCUUUCUGAACUGCUGGCUCGCCAAGCUGGCCAUGCAAAACAUGUUUAACGACCUCCACCGUGUGAUGCAAAAGGCACAGUCCGCUCUGGGACAACAGCUCAUGGUGCUGGUGGCAACCAUCCUGUGCCUCGUCUUCAUUGGAGCCUGCGGCGUGCAGCACCUGCAGCGAGGCAGCUCCCGGCCACUGACCAUCUUUGAGGCCUUCUGGUUUGUUGUGGUGACUUUCUCGACUGUCGGGUAUGGCGACCUGUACCCAGACAUCUGGCCCAGCCGCCUCUUUAUGGUGCUUAUGAUCGGCUUUGCUCUUAUCAUCUUGCCCACACAGAUUGAGCAACUAGCCUUAACAUGGCUGGAGCGGCAGAAGCUGGGCGGUUCGUACAGCAGCCACCGUGCCCACACAGAGAAACAUGUCGUGGUGUGUGCCACUACCCUACAAGCUGACACUGUCUUGGACUUUCUGCACGAGUUCUAUGCCCACCCCAUGCUACAGGACUACUUUGUGGUGAUGCUGUCACCGGUGGAGCUAGAUCCCACCAUGAAGAUGCUGAUGCAGGUGCCGCUGUGGGCUCAGAGGGUCAUAAAUGUGCAGGGCUCUGCCCUCAAGGAUGGAGACCUUGCACGUUGCAGGAUGCAGGAUGCAGAGGCAUGCUUUAUUCUUGCAGCCAGGAAUUAUGCAGAUAAAAAUGCUGCUGACCAGCAUACAAUCUUGAGGUCAUGGGCUGUAAGGGAUUUUGCACCCAAAUGCCCGCUUUAUGUCCAAAUAUUUAGACCAGAAAACAAGUUCCACGUUAACUUUGCAGAUCAUGUGGUUUGUGAGGAUGAAUUCAAAUAUGCCUUGCUUGCCAACAACUGUCUGUGCCCAGGAACUUCUACUCUUGUCACUUUGCUGCUGCACACUUCUCGUGGACAAGAGGGUCAGAUGUCAUCAGAAGAGUGGCAGCGGUUGUAUGGACGAUGCUCUGGCAAUGAGAUCUACCAUAUCCGCCUGUGUGACAGCAAGUUCUUUGGUGAUUAUGAGGGCAAGAGCUUCACAUAUGCUUCUUUUCAUGCCCAUAGAAAGUAUGGUGUGAGCCUGGUGGGUGUGAGACGAGAUGUGUCUGGCAGCUCCAUACAGUUGAAUCCUGGACCCAGACAUAUUAUGCGGAAAACAGACAUCUGCUUCUAUAUGAAUAUUACCAAGGAGGAGAACUCUGCCUUCAUUUUAGCUAACCCCAACAAUGAAGAACGAACCAUGGACAAGGCACGAGUACCCCAAGGGACAGAGCAAGCAUCUAGAGUGGCUAGUAUGGUUGCCAGUGUUGGUGCUGUUGCACUGGAACUUCAGCACACUCGUAUGUCAGAGAGUAACCUGGGCAGGCAGAACAGCAAGAAGUUCCAGCUGACCCUGCCCAAAGGUCUGAACAUUCAGAGUCUGCAGAAGCGGCCAAGCAUUGCUCCAGUUCCUGCCAUGCUAGAGGCCAGCAGCAUUCAGAUCAAUGUCACAGGGUCCGAAUCAGAGGAUGAAGAUGACUGCAGCAGCGAUGAUGACUUUCCAGAAUAUGUUAGAGGCUUUCCACCUGUCACACCUUAUGUUGGCACAAGUCCUACCUUAUGCCACCUUAUGAGGGAAAAGAGACACCCAUGCUGUCUUCAGGUGGCCAAUGCAUGCAGUCAUAACCAUUGUCAGAAUGCAAGACAAUAUAACUGGCCCAACCCCAGUAUUAUUCUUGCUGCUGACUAUGCCAGUUCUGGUCUCUACAACUUUAUUGUCCCUCUCAGAUCACAUGCACGACCAAAGAAAUCUCUCAACCCAAUUGUGCUCCUGCUUGGUAGACCGCCAGAUCAACCAUUUUUGGAGAUGAUGUGCUUUUUCCCACUUAUUUACUGGAUGACAGGCUCCAUAGACUGCCUGGAUGACUUGCUGCGAGCAGGAAUCAAUGUGGCAGAAAAUGUGGUGAUUGUCAAUAAAGAAGCAUCAAACUCUGCUGAGGAAGACACCCUAUCAGACUGUAAUACUAUUGUAGCUGUGCAAACUAUCUUCCGGCUAUUCCCCAAGGCAAACAUCAUCACAGAGCUUUCACAGGCAUGCAACAUGAGGUUCAUGCAAUUUAGAGCUGAUGACCUGUAUGCAUUAUCCAUUUCCAAACUUGAAAAGGUCUUAAAGGGAGAGGGCUCAAACAUCCACUACAUGUUCCGACUUCCUUUUGCUGCAGGAAAUGUCUUCAGUGCUAGCAUGCUGGAUACCCUUCUUUAUCAGGUCUAUGUCAAGGAUUACCUCAUCACCUUUGUACGACUGCUGUUGGGAAUAGAUCAAGCUGUUGGAUCGGGUCACCUCGAAAGUUUAAAAAUAACCAAAGAUGACUUAUGGAUUCGAACAUAUGGCAGGCUGUAUCAAAAGCUUUGUUCGACCACAUGUCAGAUUCCAAUUGGAAUUUACCGCACUCAGUUUCAUACUGGUUCUGAGACCACAUCGACACCAAAAUGUCCAAGACAUAAGAAAAUGCAAAGUGAAGUUAAGCUUUCUUCAACAGACAGUGAAAGUCCUUCGAUGAUGGCAAGGGAUCAAUCAGCCCUCAACCUAGCCUUUAGAAAUUCAUUUUUGUCGGUGACACCGGCGGCAGAAAGUAAAAGUGGCUAUGAGCUCACACCAGAGCAGUAUGAAAUUGCGCAGCUGGUCAAGUGCCGUAUGCAAAAUCUACAACUGCCCCUGGAGGACUACACUGUCCGUGAUGUGUCGUUCAAGCGCAACACCGUUUCCUAUGUUAUUAUUAACCCAGGCUAUGAUCUAAGACUGGAGCUUGGAGAUAUUAUAUACCUGAUACGACCCAGCUCAUUGUCACCACAACCUUCUCCGCUCACAGAUGAGCGAAAGCUGCUACAAGAUAAAAAAUUUCUAAGGCGACAGGAGCCUACAGGAGCCUCUGAUACAGAUCGAGAGCCUCCUCAUGUCCCGUUACGUGAUGUCAUCCUUAGUGCUCAGACCACAUCAUCGCCGUCAUCAUCAGCACAGAGUGCCAUGCAGUCCAGCAAAAAAUUAGAGGAACGGAUUCCAGUUAUCUACUAUGACAGCACUGAUGAUGGGGUGGAUGCAGCCACAAUCACACCCCUGCAGCAGCUCCACUCUUCACCUUUUCAUUCCUCUACUCAUCGUCAGCUGGAGAGGAGUGAUGAGUUUGAUGUGAAGACUCCAGAAUCUCUAGACUUACCCAUGGCAGACAUGGACAUUGGAAAUAGCUUGGAAAAUCUGUCACCACCAUGCUGCCAAGUGGCUAUAAGGGAACCGUAGUGUGAAUAAGCAGAGGAGCAAGAGUGGCUUCUGGAGAACUGUUGCGUGAAUAAGUCAAGGGUGCAAGAAUGUGAAUUAUGCUUCACAAAUCAGUUGGUUUCUGGAGAACCAGAGUGUGAGCAAGAGUGUGAAAUCAGUGGCCAUCAGUGCCAGAUGGUGUCAGGAUAACCAAAGUAUAAAUAAGACAAAGAAGCAGGAGCAUGAGUUAUCUGUCAUAAAGAUCAGAUGGUUUCAGGGAGACCAGAAUGUGAAUAAACAAGGAAACAAGACUGUGAAUUAGUCAUCUGGCCAGGUGGUUUAAAGAGAGACUGUAUUUAAGAACAAUACUUGAAAAAAUCCCCAAAAGACACAUUAACUGUUUUAUAGAAAACUCUGACAAAGGAUGAGAUAAAACUCAGGAUGUUUUCUACAGUAUUACAGUAUGGGUAAGUUAAUACCUUUGUCCUGUUAUAGAGGAAACCACAAUCAUGUACAAUGAAUAUCUGAAAUAUGUGUGAAAUGAUGGUAGCUGUUAUGAGUCCUGUUGUCAUGUUGUCGGAGGUCUCAAGAAAUUGACUAAACAAUUAUCUCCCUUUAUGGCCAGCGAAGGGAAAGAAUAUGAAAGGUUUGAAAAGUUUGGAAAGCAAAAGUGUAGAGGAUAAACAAGAAUGCAUCAUAGAAUUCAGAAAUAGAAUUGAACAUCCAGUUGUGAUCUGGCUUACAAGAUGUGUGCAGUGUGGAGGAGUCAGUGUGAAAGGCUGUGAAUGCUCAGGAAAUUUUUCACUAAAAACUUGUGUCUUUAUUAACAAAAACUUGUUUGUGAUAUAGCUGUGGAAUGAUGCUAAAAUUUAGUAGUAGCUGCUGUGAUGAAGUAGAAGAUCAAAAUGUCUAUGAAGAAGUUAAGAUCACAGAGGAGUUCAUCUUGCAGGUCACUCCGCUGGGCUUAUUUGCAUGUUUUGUUGAGGUAAAGGUGAAAGUGCCUGCAGGCUAGUGGUAGUAGAUGAGUGAAUCAUCAGUGACUCAUUGCAUUUAACAUAAGUCACAUGGAUGGCAGAAUCAAACCCUAGAUCUGCUACAACCUUUUACUUGAGUAAUCAAGAACCCCGGACUUGGGGAGUUUUCCAAAGCCCCAGGCAAACCUCAAGGUUGUGACUUUUAGUCUAAAAGCCAAGUGUGCUAACCACUAGGCUGUCAGCCCCAUCUAAAUGAGAUUUAAAAAAAACCCUAUAGUUAUAAGGUUUGUAAUGUAAAAAAAGUCUUUUUUACUUUUAAUGUUCACCAUCAUGUCUUGAUACAGAUUAGGAUUUGCAUAAUUUUCGGCAACCAGUGAUUGCUUGUUUUAGUCAGGAAUUUUAAAAAUUGCUUUUCUUUUGAUAACGAAUAACAAUGACAAUAAUGAAUGAUAAUAAUAAAAGCAAUAAAUGGUAAUCCUAACUAAUGGAUUGUGAAUGUAUUUGAAAUAUUGGCUUGUAUACAGUGUAGUUCACUGCAGGAUUCAGCAGCAAUGUCUUUUAAAGGGCCUGUUAGCUGCUUUUAUUUAUUUUGGCAUAAAUUCCAAAUUCAUAGUUGAUAGUUAGGUCUGUUGAGCAUUAUUAGAAAAGAAUACUAUAAAAUAAAUAGCUCCAGAAGUUGUUUUGUUCACUUUUUGGUGGCUGUGCUGCAGGACUUAAUGUCUGCAAAUUUGUUUUAUGAAGCAAACCUCACACUUGGUCAGUUAGCUAUAGUCUUUUAUACUUAUAGUAAUCAAAACAUGCAUGAUAUUUUUGUAUGUUUAAUAGUGUAAAUUUUCUUCCAGCAAUGACUGCUUGGUAUUGUGAUAAGUGGGGCACUUUAAAAUCUUGAUGCACUUUGAAAACCAUUAUUGUUACACCAUGUAGGCAUUAAAUAAUGGCUGUCCUAUUUGAUGGAGCUUGAGGCAUUAGAAGAGCUGGGACUUUUCUGAGUGAAAUCAGUUUGCAUCAGCAUUGUUCUUUUGAUCUCAUUAGAAACCAUUCAAUACCACAAAGCUAGUCAAAUCUUGUCUUGAUGAGGAAACUACUCUCCUAAUUUCUAAAGACUUUUUCAUUGACUGUUUUGCCUUUAUAUUUUUUUCAAAGAGAGGUAACUUUAUCUCUUUUUUCUUUUACAUCACUGGUCCUCUAUAUGUUUGUUACUGCUGCUUAAGGUAGACUGAAAUCUGUGCCUUUUGUAUUUCCAAAAGCUUCAAGGAAAGUCAUGUGAUGACAUUUUUGUUUGAAGCGAAAUCUGGAGACUUCAGAUCCUACCUGAAAAUUUUGCUCUUCAUGGUUGCAUACAUCAACGUUAAAUUCAAUGGUUACUGUUGAUCAUGAAGUUUUCGUCUUACACUGAUUUGAAAAAAAAGAACUAGAUGUUGACACAGAAGUUCUAAUUUACCCUGUUCUACUAUUCUUAAUGUUUUAGUGGUUGUGGCAGCAGACACUUGUAUGAUGCAUUCAUGUAUUCACUCUGUGUAGUCAGUGAUGCUCAGUGAUUAGCAGACUUCUGUUUUCUGUGGGCUGGGGGUGUAGAAGCCCUGAAAGGGCUCAUUUCUCAGCCUGUAAGGAGCCCUGGUGGGGCCCAGAACUCUUGCAGGCUGGGUUCUUUUCAUUGUAAACUUUCUCCUAAAGCUGAUUAUUGAAAGUGAUGGGGGUGGGGUGAAUCCUACCUCAAACAUUAGAAUCAUUUGCUUGACUAUUUACCUUAUUUCGGAUAAUAAUUUCAUGGUUGUACUGAACAUUUGAGGGUUUUUGUUUUGGCCAGGGGGUGGGGUACCUGGGGGAAAUCACCAUGCAGCAUUUAAUAGCAACUGCACACUUUGUGCAUGUUAAUAACAGUCAUGAUUAUUCUUUGUUAUACAUAACAAUUUUGCAACACUUGUCCACAGUGAAUAAUACUCAUCUUCCUGCAUGUUCUUGUUUCUACUUUUUCUAUGGCAGUUGUGUAAAACUAUGGCAGUUGUGUAAAGAACAAUUUUCAAGACCGUGUAUUAAGUCUGCAAUUCAUGAAAUGUCAAGUCAUGCUGUGAGGUGAAAGGGUGUGGUUAGGGAAGGAGGACAACUUGACCACUUUCCAACUUGACUAUUGCAUCACAUUUUAAGUGGCUCAUGAGAAAAGAGAUGAUACAACCCCACUAGUAGCUAAAGAAGGUGUAUGGAGGCAAAAAGGCUUAAUUCCAGCAAUAGCGGUAGAUGUUUCUUUUUUUCUUUUGUCAUUUUCUUUUUUUAUUAAAUGUCUACAUUCACAUCCUCCCUUGUUCUGUGAACAUGGGUAUCGUCUUCCAAAGUGAUUGCAGUGUUUGUGAAGUUGUUUUGCUCUAUUGACUUAACCAUCCUCAGCGGUUGAGAUGGUUUGGCUAAACUGAUCACAGGUUGUAUGUAUGUAGUGUAAAUGAUUUUGGAAACACCUGUUCGCAGGGCUGGGUCUUGGCAGUUUUCUCCAUGUAUUCCAGUUUCUUCCCCCGUGCUCUCCCCCCCCCCACCAUUCCCUAGUGCGACAUGACCUCAAGGUGGAAGCACUUUUCUACUGACUCAGCCAAUGCAUAGCAAUAUGGUUGUGGAUGAAAAAUGUUUCAUAAAGGAGGGAAAUCUUGGAGCUUGACAGCUAUUAGUGAGAGAUCAGUUAUAGCUCCCGCAUGGAGCAAAAAUAAUUAAAAUGUUUUGUAUUAUCUGAUUUUGCCAUCUUUUUAUUAGUUUUAAUUGUUUGUAUUGUCUGAUUUUGCUGUCCAUUUGAGUUUUUCACUUUGAGUGCCAGUAGACAUUUGUUGUUAUAUUUUAAGUUGACGCAUUUUGUUGGCUUUAUCAUUUUUAUUUCCAUUUCAGUCACAGAAGAAGUGUGGCUUUGCAUAUGGAGAAAAGCAUUCUAAUUUUUGCAUCAAAACGUUCCUACCUCUCAUUUUAUUAUUUUUUGAAUUGAAUUUUAUUUGCUCUAAACUCUUCAUUUCUUAACCGGUGUUCUAAGUUAAUUUACUUUCAUGUUUUGGCAAAUGCCUAAGUGAUAUUAAUAUAGAUGAUCAAUCUGUUCAGUGUUAGAAGUUCCUAUUGUUUAUAAUUAUAGGACCAGGGUUUUAAAGAAACACUUUCCCUGAUGUUUUUUUUUUGAGUCUUACUUUUUUUAUAUUAAUAACCUUGGUUUUAAAUGCCAGUAUUUUUCAAUGGAUGAUUUAAUUGAUUGACUGGACUGUGAUACACAUGCUGCAAAGAAGAAAACAACAGUCAAAUGAUGUUAGUAAGAUGUUUUAAUGAUGACUUUUUGACCAGUUUAAAAUACUUUAUGCUGGGAACUCUCAAUUUCAUUUUUCCAGUGCUAAAAGUUUAGGUGACCUGACUAAGGCUAAUGGCAGAGUUGUGCAUAUGCAGGGUCUUUUACGAACGCCCUUCUACUAUAGUAAUUUGCCUAAGUAGGUGUUUGCAGUCCAUAUUAACACUUUUGCUGUAUGAUUGGCACCUUUUUUUUCCUAAAAUGUUGUAAUUUCUCGGUUUCAUGGACCAGAAAUCAGUGCACUUCACAUGCAAAUGUCUUAAAGGUCAAGUCAGGUGCUAAUAUUUUUCUUAAUGGCUGGAUACAGCUCAUUGCAAGAUUUUGUUUCACAGAAAUCUGGGCAGAUAACCCCUCCCCCUGCAUUUGCAAGAGCCUACCUUCAGAAAUCACCACUGCACAGGAGGAGGUGAAACUCAUGAUGUCACGUUUGUGCACAAAUAUGUCAAAUUAACUCAACUCCUCCAUAUUGGCUGAGGACCUUGACAACUUAAGAUAGCCAUGUACAAGUCUGAUGUUUGUGUUGUUGACCUCUUUCUGUGCAAGUUUUUGCAUGGUUAUUUGUUUUUUUGCAUGUUUCUAGAAAACAGAAGGCAUGGUCAUGGAAAUGGAUAUCUAGCAACAAGCUUUACCCAGUCAUCAGGAGAAAAGUUGACCCUACUAGACUAUUAAGCAUUGAAGUCAAUUCACUUUUUAGAAUUAUUGGAUUCAUAACUUCUGAAAAAGAAAUCAAAAUAAAGAUCCUCAUCAUGGUGUUGUGAGAUAUUUUAUAUUGUUCCAAACGACAAUAAAGGAGGUUUUUUUUUUCAAAAGCAAAGAGAGCACCUAUAGCUAUAUAGUCUAAAGGUGUUAACCUGCACUUAUCCUCCUUGAGCACUUCACCAUUUAGUGUCUAUUUUUUACCCGAAUAAAGUUUGCUCAAGCUUAA